AUGAGUAUCAUGACUAUCAUGCCUCAGUCUCAACAACCCAGUGGUGUCCCGAGCCAAAGGCAACAACAGCCUCAGCUACAGAUCCAACCACAACAGCAGCAGCAGCAGCAGCAGCAACAACAACCGCAACAACCGCGACGACCUCAUGGCCCCCGUCUCUAUCACAAAAAGAGUAGGACAGGAUGCUUCAGGUGCAAGGGACGUCGUGUUAAGUGCGAUGAGCAAAGACCUGCAUGCGGUGGCUGCAGUAGGCACAUGGUAGAGUGUGUAUAUCCUCCUCCGGCCCCUGCUGCCACCGAAGAGCCUAGACGGAAUGCAUCCAUGUCCACCAGGCGUGUACAAAGGCCGAGAACUCGACAGCACUCAUCUGACGGUCCAAGUUCUGGCCUGGGCGGCCGUCGCGGGCGGGAUACGGGAAGUGGUACGGACAAUCCCGCCUCGCUCUCACCCUCGACCUCGAACCAGUCUCCUCAAAGUGCGGGCCAUGACGAGCCACAAGAUCGCAAACCGUCAAUGAGCCAUCAUGACCAUCCCACGUACGAUCAAGGGCCGCCUUCAUCGCUUCGUCUGUCAUCCAUAGUACCAAACGUCGACCCCGAGGAAACACUGGACCCUCCCGAGUCCCGCGCCCGGCGGCUGACUGAGUUGCAACUCUUGCAUCACUACAUAUACCAGCAGGCGAAAACUUUCAAACGGGUUCUACCUUAUGACAGGACAGAAAAGGAUGGAAAACCCUCGGGGCAAGAGACGUUUCUGUGGAGCUAUGAGGCCAUUGAGAUGGCAUGGGAGUCGGACGGCAUAUUAUACGCCUUGUUGGCACACUCGGCACUGUGCAAGUGGACAAAGGCGGCCGCGAACUGCAGAGAAAGGAGCCAGAACGACGAAGAUUACGAACAGGGCCCCAAGCGCGACCCCGAAUGCGUCCGCUGGCUCGAACUGCAGUCGCAGUACCUCUCGAUGGCACUCCGUGAGCAACGUCGCGCCGUAGACACGCUCAGCAGAAGCACGGCCGACCUGGUGUGCAUGUCGGCCCUCACCAUCCUCAGCCACUCGUUCGCGCUCGUCCAGACGUCCCCGACCCGGCCCAGGUGGCAACCGCCGGUCGAGUGGCUGCAGAUGGGCCACGGCGCAGGCAAAGUCUUUCAGAUCGCAAAGAGCCACAUGCAGCUCGACCGCAUGGCCAGGUUCCUCACCACACCGCCGCACUUUGACAUAAAAGUCAUGUUCACCGAGCAAAACAUGGCUCCUUUGCUGUGGUUGAUUGAGCGGCCCUUCGCGCCGCCCCACGUCGAGCCGUCGCCCUCGGUCAUGUCGACGGCAUCGUCGUCGCUGGGCUCCAUGGAGGCGUUCAAGACUAGCAACAGCAACAGUCCCGUCCGCAGCUUGAUGGAAAUCAAGAUGGCAGCGUCUGGCCCAUCCACGCCGCCCGAGUUUGAUCCCGAAGGGCCGGACACCGAGCUUCAAGACGAAGCUAUCAAGGUAUAUCAUCGCGUGUUGAUGUACAUUGGGUGGGUAGAGCGUGCCAUACAUGCACACCACACGGCCGACGAGCCCCUGUUCGCCGUGUGCCGCCGCUUCGGGGCCUUUGCCGUCUGGACGCCGCCCGCCUUUCAAGAAUUCCUCAUCCAGCGCCGGCCGCGGGCCCUUGUCAUCCUGGCGUACUUUUUCAGCCUCUGGAUCCCCUUUCACGAGAUCUGGCUGAUUGGCAGCGCGGGCUUCGAUCAGCUCAAGGCCAUCCGUGAGGAGCUGCCGCCCCGGUGGCGGCAGAAGCUCGACGGCGUGGCGGAGAAGUAUGGCGUUCCCUGA